CGACGCACACUUUUCGACGACAUUGGAGGCUAGAAAGCGUCAUAUAUUUUUUGUUCUGAUUGUUUGUGUCGACUUUCUCCUUUGUGGAAGCGAUUUUAAAUGCCAAAGAAAGGAAAUACGGUCGGAGAACAAGGACAGACGUAACUCUCCUGGCAUGCUUCACUAAAGUUCGGCACAGUAUAACUGUUUGGUUUCCAGCGACGCCGUCCGCUUUGUUUUUUCAGGCCAUUCUUCAAAAUUCGGCGUACUACUUGGAAGAUGGGGUCCAUAAUAAGCAGGCGAAUGGCUGGGGUGGAAGAUAUCGAUAUUCAGGCGAAUUCGGCUUACAGGUAUCCGCCGAAAUCAGGUAACUACUUUGCCAGUCAUUUUUUCAUGGGUGGUGAGAAGUUUGAUACGCCACAUCCAGAAGGUUACCUCUUUGGAGAGAAUAUGGACCUCAAUUUCCUCGGAAAUCGUCCCGUUCAGUUUCCAUAUGUUACUCCAGCCCCACAUGAGCCAGUCAAGACAUUAAGGAGCUUGGUGAACAUCCGAAAGGACUCUCUUCGUUUGGUCCGCUAUAAAGAUGAUGCAGAGACCCCGACUGAAGAGAAUGGGAGACCCCGGGUCCUGUACAGUGUUGAGUUCACAUUUGAUGCUGACGCUCGUGUGGCUAUAACCAUUUACUGCCAGGCUUCUGAGGAAUUUUCAAAUGGGAUGGCCAUAUACAAUCCUAAGAAUCCUGCCAUGAUAUCUGAGACUGUACACUACAAGAGAGGUGUGAGCCAGCAGUUUUCCUUGCCUUCCUUCAAGAUUGAUUUUGUUGACUGGAAGGAAGAAGAGCUGAAUUUUGACUUGGACAGAGGAAUCUUCCCAUUGGUCAUUCAGGCUGUGGUUGAUGAAGGUGAUGAGAUCUCCGGCCAUGCUCAUGUUCUUUUGGCAGCCUUCGAAAAACAUGUCGACGGAAGUUUUUCUGUGAAACCAUUAAAGCAGAAACAGAUUGUGGACCGAGUGAGCUAUCUCUUACAGGAGAUUUAUGGAAUAGAGAACAAGAACAACCAGCAGACCAAGCCUUCAGAUGAUGAGAACAGUGACAACAGCAACGAGUGUGUGGUUUGCCUGUCGGAUUUGCGCGACACUCUGAUUCUCCCCUGCCGCCACCUCUGCCUGUGUAACUCCUGUGCUGAUACACUACGCUACCAGGCAAACAACUGUCCCAUCUGCAGACUGCCCUUCCGAGCGCUCCUUCAGAUCCGUGCUGUCCGCAAGAAGCCUGGAACUCUGUCUCCUGUGUCUUUCAGCCCAGUUUUGGCACAAACCAUGGACCACGAUGAGCACUCGGGUUCAGACAACAUUCCUCCUGGAUUUGAACCAGUCUCUCUGCUGGAAGCCUUAAAUGGGCUGCGAUCAGUGUCUCCCAGUAUCCCUUCUGCUCCCCUGUAUGAAGAAAUUAAUUUCUCUGGUGGUCUGGGGGAUCCUCUGCCCUUGGCAAGACCCUUGGGAGUGGUGGAGAACAGUCUGCAGAAAGGCAAAGUCAGCAAAACUCCAGACAGCACCCUGUGUUCCCCAUCUUCUCCAAUUCAGGAGGAAGAUGAAGAGAAGCUUUCUGUGAUUUCUGAUGCCCUUCCUCACCCACUGAUGCCUAGCAACCCCAACUCAUUGGAGAGCACCCCGGUGGAUGAUACCCUGGAAUCUGUGACCUUAAACAAUGAGGAGCGGUCCCGUUCCAUGGAGGAAAUUCUGCAGGACAGCAGUAGUGAACGCAGCAGCCUGACCAAAACAGAGAGUGACCCACAGGUGGAGAUCUCCCUGCCAGGUGCCUCGGAGUCCACAGAGAGCUUGAAGAGUCAAAGCACAAACAGUUCUAGCCAGCCUCUCCUCUCCCCACCAAGCAGCCUCCACAUUGAGGAUGAACAGCAAACCUAAUGAAGCCAGCGGGCGAGAUGUUCUCAGUGUGCACACGUGUGUGUGUCUGUCUGUGUGUGUGUGUGAGAGAGAAUACAUCCUUCUCCCCAUCUUUAAAAAAAAAAAACAAUUUUUUAAAUUGCAUUUUGUCAGCAAGAUGAUGAGGGGCAACAAUCCGCUUGCGGUCUCCUCCCACAUUCAUGCAGCACUGCACUUCUGCCUUUGCCUUAUAGUGAUGUACACUCAGCUUCAGCUUUCUAAAGUGGACCUGAAAUUUUUGGCAGGGUGGACGUAACCCCACCGUCCCACCUCCUUCUCAUCUGGUUAAGAGAAAAGCUGAGGUCUGAAUGUCACUACAGUGUUCUUACUACCCGCCCCCCUCCCAGUUUGUUCUGCUUGAUUUUUGUGGCUAAACCUAAAAUGCGUCAUCUUUAGUCCUGUCAGUAGAGUGCCAAUUUCACAUCAAAUGUAGCUGUCUUCAUAAAUGCUAACUUAUCAUGGAAUUCUCUAGCAAUCUGUUGAUAAUUUUAAACACGUUUCAAACUAGGUAGUUGCCUCCUAUCAGGCGCUGCAUCAUAAUGUAGAUCUGUGGAAGGAUUAAUCAAUCAGAUGCUUAUUAAAUUAAUAAUUUCAGAUUUUGAUUACAUCUUUCUAACCCACCAGCACUUCAAACUUUUUUUUAUGUGCUCAGAUUUUUUUUUUUACUACCCAAUGUGGAUUCAAUCAUUGAGACAGAGUUGAGACUACCUGUCUAGUUUGUUAGUUGUAAGGGUGCAGAAUUAAGCCGAUUAGUCGUCAAACCGCAGAGCAAAGACUGAAACGAAUGAGCUCCUUGGCGGAAAGAUGCUAACUGAAGUAAAAUUCACUCUAAACGGCGUUUUCUGAGAGCUCUGUAUAUAUGUACAUAUCCGCAGAUGUUCUUUUUGAUGUAGUGGUGGAGUUUCUAAAGAGCCCAUCUUCUCUGAGAUGGCCAACCAAGGAGUGUGAAGAUGGCGUCUAUAACUUUGUCACUCCUGCUGCAGCCAGAGUUGUUCAUAGCACGCUUUUAUAGGAAUGGCAAAACUCUCAUAUUAAAAGGGUUGGGCUGGGGUGGGAUGGGGGUUUAAUGCUAAUAAAAUUAAAUGGGUUUAAUUGUUUAAUUUUUCUCUAUCCGCUAUAAUUAUACAUUUACAGAUCAAGUUAAAGAAUUAGGGUCCAGUAAAUGAGGACGGGUAGCCAUUUAAUGGGUGCUUAACUCAGCCUGGUGAUGCCAGUUAUCGCCGAGUAGAUUGGGUUUUUUUUUUUUUUUUACAACACUUUUGAGCUCCAUACACGUUUUUUCCCUUUUUCAAGAAGUGGUUUGCGAGAAUUUUUUUUUUUUUUUUUUUAAAGGAGAAAUGGGAGCAAAAUUAUGAACGCUUACAGAAAAUGAUUCUUAACUGUUGUCUUAUGUGUUUGUAAAUCUGACUAAAUUGGUUGCUUUUAAAACUCCACUAAAUGUCACUGUGGGCCAGGGUGUACUGCUGGCCCCUUAAACACUACGCAACAAUUACUACGGGAGCUGCCGGCAUGGAAGGAGGUGAUUGCAGAUUUUGGGGCAUUGACCGCAGUUCUGACUGAACGUUUAUUGACUUGGCACAAAUCGUGUGCUUGGGAAGCUUCUGUGUUUGCCCUGAUUGAAUGGGCAGAUUUUUUUUUUUUUGUCCUCGGAACUGCUUGAUAAUCCUGACAAUUAAUAAAGUAUUUUUAUUAA